CAAUAAGUAAACAGCAGUUGUGUAUAAGAUGUGAACACCCAACACCGUCCGUAUGCAUAUUUAAUAAUCAGGGCUAGGAAGUUGUAACAUUUAUACAUUUUUUUUGGUAAUUCUUAAAACAUCUAACCCAGGAAUAAAACAUGCCUAUGAAUAUAUUUAAUGGUAAAAGACACAGUGGAUCAUACGAUAAUGGCAGUUCUGAUUUUAAUUUAGGCCAGUUGGAGGCAGACGACAAAAACUCUACAUACGGACGAAAUUCCACAAAGACAUGUUUCGUUAAGACGACUAAAGAAUUGUUUACCUACAAGUUUUUGAUUAAACGGCUACCGAUACUGCAAUGGCUUCCAGUAUACACGGUGGAAGACGGACUCGGAGAUCUUAUGUCCGGCUUGACGGUAGGACUUACGAUAAUCCCACAAUCGUUGGGUUACGCCACAAUAGCCGGUUUACCGCCUCAGUACGGCCUCUACGGUUCAUUUCUUGGCAGCAUAUUAUACGUGUUUCUGGGAACUUGCAAAGAGAUCUCCGACGGUCCAUCGGUCAUUCAAUCGCUGGUAACGCACAAAGCGCUUAACGGCCUUGGACCAUUGUACGGACAUUUCUUGUGCUUUAUGACCGGACUGAUUCAGUUGGCCAUCGGAAGCCUAGGACUAGGAUUUUUCGUGGAUUUCAUUUCGAGCCCGGUUACUUCGGGAUUCACGUCGGCGGUCUCGUUGUUGAUUUUGGCUUCCCAAAUAAAACACCUUUUGGGAAUCAAUGCGGUCGGUGUCACUAUGCUGGAAGUAGUCGUUUCGGUAUCGCGAGACAUAAGACAUUUCAGAAUUGGCGAUACGUCGCUCGGGAUCGCUUGUAUUAUAAUUUUGCUCUCGUUGAGAAGCCUCGUCGAAUGUCGUGUCGGACCGAAAAACCCAAAAGAACAAACCAAUUUCCAAAAAUAUGCCAACCGCGCCAUUUGGAUUGUCGGUUGUUUUAGAAACGCAAUUGUUAUUAUUGUUUCUACCUAUAUUAGCUACGCUUUAGUCAACUCGACGGGACACAGUGUCACUUCGGAUUUGCCACCGCCAAUACCUUUCAAAGUAAUAGGUAAGCUCCCGUCGGGUUUGCCAGGUUUUCAUUUGCCACCGUUUAGUUACACGCAAAGCGACGAAUCCACGACAGACUUCUUCGGGAUGCUUUCCAACAUCGGUUUCAGCGUGAUAGUCGUACCGUUAAUAGGUAUAAUGGAACACAUAUCCAUAUGCAAAACGUUUGCAAAUGGCAAAACGGUCGAUUCUAACCAAGAGAUUAUCGCGAUCGGCUUGUGCAAUAUUGGAAACUCGUUUGUCCUGGCGUUUCCCGGUACGGGAUCAUUCUCUAGGGCGCCUAUAACUAGCACCAGUGGCGUUAGGACGCCCAUGGAAGGUCUUUACUCAGGCACUCUGGUGAUAUUAGCGUUGAUGUUUUGUACCGAAUUUUUCUAUUACAUCCCAAGAGCGUGUCUGGCAGCAGUUAUCGCGACUAGCGUUGUGUUUAUGAUAGAAGUCAACGUCGUCAAACCCAUUUACAGGUCGAAUAAGAACGACCUUAUACCGUGCUUGGUGACAUUCAUCGGGUGCCUGUUACUGCGCAUAGAAAUCGGAGUUAUGAUCGGCAUUUGCGUUGACAUGGCAGCCAUCCUGUACCAUGCCGCAAGACCUCAAGUUACCGUUCAAGUGAAAACGUCAGGAAAUGGCGUUCAGUAUUUGACGAUAACGCCCGACAGGUACUUGGUGUUUCCGUCGGUUGACUAUGUUAAAAAUCUUAUAAUCAAACACAAUAAAAAAAAAAACCUGCCUGUCGUCAUUGAUUGCUCGCACAUUUAUGGGGCGGACUUUACCACAGCGAAGGUGAUAAAAGUGCUGACUGAUGGAUUUUCAAAAAGAGGACAAGCCCUGUUGUUCUACAACAUGAAACCUAGCGUGGUGGCCAUUUUCGAAGGAGUCAAGCCGAAGGAUUUCAUAUCGUAUUACCACAAUAACGACCUAGAGUAUCUAUUGAACAAGCAGACUUCGUUAAAUACCAUAUGUGCUUAAUAAAAAUAUACAUAUUUUCUUUUGUAUACAUACAAUAUAGUCGUAUAGAUACCAUUUACGUAAUGUCGGUUUAUUGUCUACAAUUUAUACAGUAAAAAGCAAUUUUGUCCACCUUUUUAAAAUUCUUACAUAACACGCAGUGUAGUAUUAUGUUUGACAAAGCGAAUUAUUUGUAAAAAUAAAAUACUUAGUGUUUAUUCACACCCGCGCACACACUGCACAUGCAUAUUCAGAUGUUUACCAUAAUAAUACAAAAUGUAAACUGUCGCUGUCUUUAAAACACACGACCGGGUUCAUUAAUGGUGUAAUGAAUCAUAAUAGACAUUUUAAGUGGUUGUUC